GCAGAGGAGGGAGGAGCAAAUGGCCAGUGCAGGGAGGAACCAGCGCUCUUCCCAAGUCCCUCCCUAAAGUUCCUCCCCAAAGUCCCUGUUCGGACACACCUGCUGGCCGGUCCGUGUCCCAUGGAGAACGAGCCCGGGAUUGUGUCGCCGUUUAAACGAGUAUUCCUAAAAGGUGAAAAAAGUAGAGAUAAGAAAGCCCAUGAGAAGGUGACAGAGAGGCGCCCUCUGCACACUGUGGCUCUGUCCCUGCCUGAGCGCGUGGAGCCUGACAGACUGCUGAGCGACUACAUCGAGAAGGAGGUGAAGUACUUAGGUCAGUUAACGUCCAUACCAGGAUACCUGAAUCCCUCCAGUAGGACCGAAAUCCUGCAUUUCAUAGACAAUGCAAAGAGAGCCCACCAGCUCCCCGGACACCUGACCCAGGAGCACGACGCUGUGAUCAGCCUGUCUGCCUACAAUGUCAAGCUGGCCUGGCGGGACGGGGAAGACACCAUCCUCAGGGUCCCCAUCCAUGACAUCGCCGCCGUGUCCUACGUGAGGGACGACGCCUCGCACCUGGUGGUCCUGAAGACAGCCCAGGACCCUGGCAUCUCCCCCAGCCAGAGUCUGUGUGCAGAAAGUUCCAGAGGCCUCACCGCAGUCUCCCUGUCAGAGAGUGGAGUGGGGCCUGUGGAGGCGUGCUGCCUGGUCAUCCUGGCGACCGAGAGCAAGGUCGCUGCUGAGGAGCUGUGCUCCCUGCUCGGGCAGGUCUUCCAGAUUGUGUACACAGAGUCCACCAUCGACUUUCUGGACCGAGCCAUAUUUGACGGGGCCUCGACACCCACCCACCACCUGUCUCUCCACAGCGACGACUCUUCCACCAAGGUGGACGUGAAGGAGCCGUAUGAGACGGAAGUCGGCACGUUCUCCUUCCCCGAGUGCGCGCACGCAGGCGGCGUGUCGCCCUUGUCCUUCUGUAUGCAGACGGCGCCCCACUCCAAGACGGUCAGUGAGAGCGAGCUGAGCGCCACUGCCACCGAGCUGCUGCAGGACUACAUGCUCACGCUGCGCACCAAGCUGUCCUCGCAGGAGAUCCAGCAGUUCGCGGCGCUGCUGCACGAGUACCGGGAUGGGGCCUCAGUGCAUGAGUUCUGCAUCAAUCUGCGCCAGCUGUAUGGGGACAGCCGCAAGUUCCUAUUGCUGGGUUUGCGGCCCUUUAUCCCGGAGAAGGACAGCCAGCACUUCGAGAACUUUCUCGAGACCAUCGGGGUGAAGGACGGCCGGGGCAUCAUCACCGACAGCUUUGGCAGGUACCGGCGGGCGCUGAGCUCCACCUCCACCUGCACCUGCCCUGGGAACAGGGCCACGGGCAGCUCGGACGACCAGUCUGCGCCCUCGGAAGGGGACGAGUGGGACCGCAUGAUUUCGGACAUCAGCAACGACAUCGAGGCUCUGGGCUGCAGCAUGGACCGGGACUCGGCCUGACCCUCUACUGUGAAGGACGCGCCCUGGGGCGCCGGUGCACGGGCCUGUCCCUGGAGGGAUCCUGGGGGUCCCUUCGGUUUUGCACACGAAGUUCCUGUCGAAACCCUCAGAGACCUUCAAAGAAGUUUACUGCGAUGUGAACGAUUCA